AUGAGGAACUUCAUUGCUCUCGCGGCAUUUACCGCCGGCUCUAACGCCCUCGUUAGCCGCGGUGAUAGCUGCUGCUUCCACCUCACAUCAUCUGGCGGUGCCUCCGGUCAACUUGGUCAGCUGGGUGAUGGUCAGAACCGCAUUGGUGACAAUACUCUGCAACCCGCACAGUAUUGUAUCGACUCCAGCGGUAGUAUCACCGACUCCAAGGGCCGUGGAUGCAUUCUCACCCCUCCCACCACUCAACUGCAGUGUGACGAGGGCGUGGGUCCUACACCCGGUUUCUCUGUCAACUCCCAGGGUAAACUCGAGUACAACAACAGCCCCAACUUCGUUGCCUGUGCCACAGGCCAGAACGGUGGUCUGAAUGUCUACACUACUCCUAAUAAGCUGGAUGUCACUGGCUGCGUGAAUGUGGAGUUGUCUGCCGACGCCUGCUCAAACUCGGGUACUAGUUCCGGCGGUUCAUCCUCUGCUGGUGGUGUACCUCACCCUUCUAGUGCACCACCUGUCCCAGCCCCUCAGUCCACCCCUGCUGGUUCUGCCCCAGGCCCCCAGCCCACUCCCAGCGGUGGCGCUGGUGGCGCUGGACCUGGACCUGUUGGUCCCGGCGCCGGUGGUGGUGCCCCUGGAGGUGGUGGUCCUGGUCCCGUUGGCCCUGGUGCUGGUGGAUCUGCUCCAGCACCCUCUGGGUCUUGUCUUCCCGGUUCUCCUAGCACGGUCGUCGUCACUGUCACUGACUGCAGCUGCCCUACCUCCGGUGCUCCUGGUGCACCCGGGGCUCCCGGCGGUGGUGCCGGUGGUGGUGGACCGCAGCCCUCUGCUAGUGUGCCUGCCCCAUCUGGCGGCGCUGGCAUCAAGCCUUCUGGUACACAGCCUGCUCCCGGCGGCGGCGGUGGUGCGCAACCUGGCCCUUCUCUUAGUGCACCUGCCCCUGGUGGAGGCGGCGGUGCUUCGCAAUCUGGCCCUUCUCCUAGUGCGCCUGCCCCUGGUGGAGGCGGCGGUGCUUCGCAACCUGGCCCCUCUGCUAGUGCGCCUGCUCCCUCCGGCGGUGGCGGCGGUAGUUCUCAGCCUAGCGCCUCUGCUAGUGUGUCUCCCCCCUCUGGUGGUGGCGGCGGCGGUAUCUCUGUCAGUGUGCCUGCGUUCUCCAGCGGCGGUGGACCUCAGCCCACCGGCUCCGCCACCGGAUCCGUCCCUGCUAGCUCUACCUCUUCUAAACCCUCAGCCACUGGCCCCUCCGGCGGUGCUUGUCCCACUGAUCUCUCGGGUAACUACGAGAUCCCUCACCUUGUUAUCCCUGUCGACACGUCUUCGCCCGGUACUGCCGCAGGCACUUCAUUCAAUGGUACCGUGAGCUCGACCAUCUCGACCGUGUUCAACUUCGACAUCCCGUCCUCCGACGCUGGCAAGACAUGCAGCCUCAUCUUCCUCUUCCCCAAGCUUGAGGAUCUCGAGACCUCAUCUUACAGCUUUAGCGGUGAUGGCAAGAUUGACUUCUCUAAGCUCUCUGCCACUGCCGAUUCCUCAACUAACGCCAACAAUGUCCCCUCGGUGUCCCAGGACCUCGGUACCAUCACUGUCGCUCCCGGCAACUCAUACCUUGUCUCUACCUUCUCCUGCCCGGCUGGCCAAGCUGUCGCCUAUCAGAUGAAGAAUGCUGGCAGCACCAACUUGAACUUCUUCGAGGACUGGAACCCCUCCCCUCUCGGUCUGUACAUCACCACUUGCUAA